CUGACAGCACGUGCACGGCUUUACGAAUCGAACAAAAUGAAGUGGCUGCUCCUGUGGCUGCCGCUCAUCAUCUGUGGCACGUGGGCGAUGGCCUUUGAGCGACAAGUCUACCGGCGAUAUGUCGAAUCCAACGACACUGGGUGGCAGUCUCCUCCACAGUCAUAUACAAACAGUCCUACGCUCGGUAAUCCGCCAUAUCAGAACCAAUAUAAACCCGCAGCUCCUCCGUAUUCCCAGGGGCCACCAAUGACCAGACCACCAAUAACCAGACCACCAAAUUUCAUACCUCAAAAUCCACCUGUACGCCAUCCUUCGAUGAUUACUCGACUGCUGCCACAGCCAGCUAUAAGCAGACCUCCUCCGAGACCUUCUUCGCAUCCGAACUACGCGCCACCGCCCAUAACUGGGCAGGGAAGCAUAUCCGUAAACACCUCGACAAUCAACAUGAACAGACCAAGAGGCAGUGCCCAAUCGAAUAUACCCGGAUUGACAACUGAGAGCAAAACGGGACAAGGCCCAAUUGGCACACUGGAGGAUGUGAAGCGAGCGCCCAGCACAAGUGGCGAGGUGUCAAUCGUCAGCCAGAGCUCCCAGUCCGAUGGCAAAAACGAGAACGUGGCCCAGGCCUCGGUCGUGUCCCCAAAUCAGACAGCAUCCAGUCAGCAAUCUUCCCCGAAUCCACCUGUGUACCACCCACCUACGCGGCUGGCUCCUCCGCAUUCAAAUCCACCAGUAAACAGACCUCCGCCAUACCCAAACCCAUCUGUGCCUGUGCCUGGGAUGGUUCCUUCAACGUAUCCAAGUCAAUCUGCACCUCAAAUCGGACCACCCAUGCGGCAGCCGCCUCCAUUUCCAAGUCAAUAUAUUCCCGGUCCUGCGAAGAAUCCUUCUACGCAUCCAAUUCCAUCUGCACCUGGUCCUGCGUUCAAUCCUUCUCUACAGCCAAGUCAUUAUGCACCUCUACCCGGCUCAACUUUGCGACAACCUCCUCCGCAUUCAAAUUUACCCACAAGCAGACCUUCGCAAUAUGCAGUUCCAUCUGUACCCGGACAUGGAAUGAAUCCUUAUCCGUAUCCAAAUCCAUCAGUACCUGGACCUGCGCUACCACUGCCACCUAUGUAUCAAGCUCCUCCAUUUCCAAAUCAUUCUGUACCCGGACAUGGAAUGACUCCUUCUCCGUAUCCAAAUCAAUAUGCACCCGGUCCUGUACCCGUUCCACCUAUGCGGCAGGCUCCUGCGUAUUCAAACCCACCCAUAAAUAGACCUUUGCAAUAUCCAAAUCCAUCUGUAACUGGACAUGCGAUAAAUCCCUCUGCGUAUCCAAGUAUAUCUGCACAUGUAACCGGACCACCUGUGCGGCAGGCACCUCCAUAUCCAAAUCCAUCUGUACCCGGAUAUGGUAUGAAUCAAUCUCCAUAUCCAAAGCAAUCUGCGCCCGAAUCCACCCAUAAACGGACCCUCUAUUGGACCUUCACAUUCUAGGUAUCCACAGAAUGCGAAACAAUCUGUGUCUAGAAAAACAACCUUCGAGAUGAAGCACGUAUAUGAAGAAAGUCAUCAAACCCAUUAUAAACGUGAAUAUUAGCAUUUGCUUUUCGAUUUUAUAUAAUUAAAU